GCUGUGACUGAGGUUAUGUUUCAGGUAUGACUGCAGAUGUGCGGCCAAGUGUUACUCCUACAGACGAUGACUUGGCAAUCAGCAAAUACACGGAUGAGAUGAUUCAGAGAACCAUGACCCAGAACAAUAUCACUGUCAAACAGGAGGAUCACCACGUCUACUACAACAGCACAUUCCUGAUAGACCACAAUAUCGGCCAGGCGUACUGGGUGGACAUGACCAAACGAGAUGAUGUUAAGAUCAACAACAUGCUGUCCAGAUCUCAUCGGAGGGCUGCAACGGUGAAGCUGUCAUUUGACUUUCCGUUUUAUGGUCACAUGGUGCGAAAUGUCACGAUAGCGACAGGAGGGUUCCUAUACACGGGCGAGUAUGUCCACUCCUGGCUCGCGGCCACACAGUACAUUGCCCCCCUCAUGGCUAACUUCGACACCAGCAUCAGCAAUGACUCCUUUAUAAAAUACGUUGAUAAUGGUACAGCAUUUACUGUGCAAUGGGAGAAGGUGGUGUUGCAAGACAAGCCGGAUAGUGGAGAAUUCACAUUCCAGGCAACUCUGCACGCUUCCGGAGACAUUGUGUUUGUCUACCAAAACGUACCGGUAAUCAUAGAGAAGAUCCAGGAUGAUCAGCAUCCUGUAAAAGUUGGUCUCUCCGAUGCCUACAUCAUUGACAGAACUAUCUUUUUUGUAAGGAGAAAGACAAUUUAUGAAUACCACCGUGUGAACUUCAAGAAGGAAGAUAUCAAGAAUUGGACUGUGAUCUACUUGAAUGCUCUACCGACAUGCAUGGAGAAGAAGGACUGCUCAUCCUGCGUCUCUGCCCAGAUUGGUUUUGAAUGCAAGUGGUGUCCGGGAGCCAGACGCUGCUCGACGGGGAUGGAUCGUCAACGACAGGAUUGGCUGUUUAACGAUUGUGAAAGAAUGGAGGUGGUGAUGCCACUGCAGUGUGAUGAGCUCACGGCACAGACGGAGCAACAUCCCAGCGCUAGUGCUGCUGCAGCUGCUGCAUCUCCCGAAACUGAUAAACCCUCUGAAUGGAGGAGGACAGUGGCUCACGCUGAAGGUGUAGAACCGGGAGAGAUGCAAGAUGGAGGGGUGCGGAUGGGUGGCUCAGGCUACCUAGGAGCUGCCUUCAUCCUUGUUCUCAUAGCGGGGGUAGCCAUCUGGACUUUGUACGCUUACAGCAACCCUCACUCCUACUCCGGCCAAAUACUCAUUAACUACCGGCCAAGCCAGUGGAGGUGGCGUAGAGGCGAGGCUAGAUACACAGCAGCUACUAUACACAUGUGACAUUCCGAUAGCGGGAUCUUAAAUCUGCAUUAAAUCGAAUACAUUAUCAAAAUGACAUAGUGACUUGACGUAUCACUGUAUUUUUAAAUCUCUAAACAACAAAUGGCAUAAUUAUGAACAAAUAAUAAUAUCUUGUUAAUGUUAUUUUUAUUUCAACUCACGCCUUACUACUUCAUUUGUAUGGACAUUGCAUUUAUAAUUCGUAAAAUCGUGUAUACUUUUUGAAACAUUUUUGUAUUUGAUAAUGUAUAUAGGAGAGGAGUGAAAUUAAAAUAAAAGCACUUGAAGACAAUGUAGACUUAUUGACUACUGAUAAACUGUAACUGUUGUUUAGUUGAGUUAUCAGUAUAGUUAUCUUAUUCUGUGAUCAAUAUUUUUGUUGUUAUGUUGCCUCUCUGAAUUUGUUGAAUCGAAUCAACUUUGUAUUGUUUUUUAAUGUACAUUGCAAAAAGAUGUUAACUUCUUAAUUGAUCUAAGUAGUUAUUAAUUUAGUUUAUCUAUAAUUAAGAAAUGUAUUUAAUCUUGUUAGAAUAGUUUUAGACUCGGAUCAAAAACAGAUUAGAAGAGUUCUCCUAAAUAUAUUGUAUAUAAUUUUAGCUAAUUUGUAUAAGUGUCAAAUGUGAAUUAGUUGUCUUCCGUUGCAAUAAAUAAUUUUAACAGUUUUAACUGAUUGUUUUGCACAAAUACCAGAAAUAAAUUUUUAACAAAGAAAUAGAGUUGAGAAAAAAGUCCUCAAUAUACUGCCAUUUUAAAAAGUGUUGUACAUAGAUUCAACUGACAUAUUAAUCCAGGGUAAAAAUGCUAUGCAACAUAAUAUUUCAGACUUUUAAGUAAUGUAUCCUUCCUAAAUUCUAUUAUCAAGUAAACCAUGCAUUAGUAAAUUUGAAGCAAAAUAUAAAAUUACUAAAGGUUACUUGAUUUAACUAAUUAUAGAGUGAUUUUUAAAUGAAUUUGAAUGAUGUUAUUAGUGUUUUUGCAUGUUAGUUAAUAAACUUAAAACAAAUAAUAUCCAUACUGCAUAAUUAUGAAGUUUAUGAAUGCUGAUGUCCAUUAUGUAGCAUAUCAUUAAAUAUUAAUCCAUAAAUAGCAAUUAAGAAUUUCUUACAGUCUGAAAAAUUCAUAAAAAGUAAAUGAUAUUAAAACAGGAAUUGUAAUUUACUAAUGAUUUACUUAAAUAUCAAGAAAUAUUUGUGACUAUUUUCAGGUGAAGAAGACAAAGCAUACUUUCCUUUAACAAGGCAAAAUUAUAAACAUAAAUAAAAGUAAAAACUAUAAUAUUAAUCAAUAGAUUAGUAUGUAUAUGUUUUAUUAUUGAAGUAGUAUUAAGAGUUAAAGGACAUAAUAAAAGGGGGUGUUUACAUAAUUUUUAUUUAUAUCGGUUUUAUACUUUAUGUACUGUCAUUAUUAUAAACGUAUAUGUUUUGGAAGAGAAGGAAACUCAGUUUUACUAAGUAUUUAUUAAAUAGCAGCAAAGUUCUUUUUAAUUCCUGACAUAGCUUAAGUAUUAUAUAAUUAUAGUGUAUUACAAAAUAUAAGUGAUUUUAAAUUUUGAUUAUAAUGUGAGUUUUACAAUUUCUUGUAAAGUCUAAGAAAAUGUUCUGAUUAGAUUUAAUUAACUAUUACAAUCUGUUUAUUUUAUAAUCUAAAUGUAAACACAUUUGUCUGGGAGCUGAAGGCCAAAAUACAUUAUGUAAACAUACAACUUAGCCGUAUGUGGUAUCAGUACAGGAUAUUUGUGGUGGUUGAAAUGGGAGGUCGUCAAAAGGGUUAAAAAUAUUAAACGAAACGUUUUUGUUUAAGGUUUGUUUAAUUUAACAUACACAAAUUAAAGAGUACUAUUUAGAGAGUAUACUAUUUAAGGAAUACUUAAAUCAGUUUCAAGCGAUAAGAUGUAGGGUGAGUUUUUAACUGAAAAUUACUUUUAAAUCCCUUUAUCUCGUUUUUUGACAUUGGUUUAUGUGUUUUUUUUGGGACUACCUUGCAUAUGGAAAAUUUUAAACACCUCUGUUAACCUGGUAGCUCGGAUAUUAGGACUUUUAAUUUAUAAUUAAAAUUGGCUUACAGCUCAUGGACUACAUGUUUAGGUGCCUUCUAUGGUGAUUUGAUGAAAAUUAAAUCAAGCACAAUUCUCUCAUCAGUGGAUCUGUAAUUAGAUAUAUACUCAUGUUCUAGUUCUUCUCUUCUUCCUCAUGUUAGUUCUUUUGUAUCCAAGAGAAAAAUUAUAGUAAAUACGCAAUAGCUUUGGCACAUGUUUUAUGUAUAAUUGUAACCAUUAACAUUAGUAUGCUCAAAUUUUCUUGGGUUCCAAAAGAAAUGAAAAAGCCUCAUUUUAUUACAUUAAGGGUUUUAUGGUUGUGUCACAAUAUAGUGCUGUCUCUCUUUUUUAUUGAAAUAUUUAAUUUCUAAUUUCAUCAAUAAAAAUGUAUAUUGGUUUAGUGUUGUUGAUGAGUUAUUAAAACUUUUUCUAUGAACUUUAUAUAUUUUACUGCCGAAUUCUCAUAUUUUGAAUCAUGAUCAAAAUAUUGUUAUGGUAGUAACAAUUAAGCCAAAUAGUGUUUCUCCUGUCCGACUUACAAAAGCCCAUCCCUUAGUUAUUUGUUUGUUUUAUACCUUUUUCUAUACUCUGUUUGUUUGUUGGUUUUACUAUUUAACCUUGUGUAUACGUUUUACCAGGAUGGGGCUUUGAUUUAGAAUAACUGAAAUUCACUCUUGACCCUGAUAUAUUACUAUGUAUAAUUGUGCAAUACAACUGUUGGUAUAUUGUAUAUACUCUUAGAAAUAUAAGACAUAUCACUGACCAAUGUUUGAGCUUUCAAUAAAUUGAUGCACACAAGCUUUGAGCAAUGGUUGGAUAAGGGCUUCUUGAGCUUCCAUUUUAACACUUUUUGAAAGGCUUUUAUUGUUAAUUUUUUAUGACAUAUAGGGAAGAUAUUAUAUAUGUGUACAUAAUAAAUACUUUACCUUUUUUCAUGUUGAACUUACAUUCAUUUUUUUAUUCAGAGGAAAUUUUCAAGUUGGAUCAUUUUAAUAUUUAGCAUAAUAACAAUUAAAAACAAGUAAGAAAUUCUGGAGUUUAUUCUAUCCACACAGGAUGUUUGUCUUUUUUAUUUUUAAUCUACCUGUUUAAUUUGUUGGAAACAUUUUGUACAAUAUAUUUUUAUACUAUCAAAGGUAAAAAAUAGUCUAUAAAUUUUUUUAAUUAUUAUUUUUAUAAAAUAAAUGUGUGACACUGUGUACUAUGUAAUUUGUCUAAUCUUAUACACUAAAUGAAUCCCUAUUUUUUAUAUUUCCAUGCUCAUAAUGAGAUGAGUGCCUUGAUAGAUUGUACUACUGGGCUGGCACUCAAUAGUUAUACAGUAUAAUAUACUAUUAAUAUGUGGUUAUGUUUAGUGUGUAACAUUAACUUUUAACAUAUACCUGAAUCAAACAUAAGAAAUUAGUAAAAGCAAGUGAUUUUUCUCUUUAGUUGGUUGGUUUUGUUAUAAUUAUUACUAAUAGCUAAAAAACCAGUUAAAAACUUAAAAUGACAAUAUAUAUUUAAUAAAGAAUGAAAGCUUUUAUUUUAAAUAAUCAAGGUUUGUUAUUUUAACCCUAGAACUGGCAAUGGUAUCACUCUGUACUGGCGGCUCUAUUUCUACAGCUAUGCAGAUGUUUUUUUAUUAUGUAUCCCUUUUCAGUCUAAAUGUAAACAAUUACAUGUCAAUUUAUUCACAACAAUUUAGAGACUACUAUAAUAUCAAUAACCUAUUGUUAGUUUUCAUGUUAAUAAUUUGUUUUGACAGAAUUUAAAAAUAUAUAUUAAAACAAAAUCGUAAAAUAUUUUGUUGUUGAACAAUAAGUUUUACAUCAAAACUUUAAAUAAAUGCAUUAACUUGUUCUAAAAAAUUUUGUGCCAAUUCCAAAAAUAUACAGUCAUCCUAACUUUACGUCAAAACGUAUUUGUUACAUGGCUUUGUAUGAGCGAGCAGUUACUGUUUUUUUUUUUUUGAAAAUAGGUUCUAUCUUUAAAGAAAUAAUAUCUUUCAAAGAAGACAAUAAAUAGGCAUUAAAGUUAAUGCUCUGCCAGAAUGUAUAUAAUAAAAAUCAUUGAUAUUACCUUAAUAUCCUAAAAUUUAAAUAACUGUACAUAUAUACUUUAUUCGUCGUAGCCAAAUCAGACGACCUUUGGCGACGAACAUUUUUUCAUGCCAGCUGUAGGGUUAAAAAAAAAAAGGAGAAAAGUGAAUAAUAACAGUGUUUUUAUUUCUAAUGAAAACUGUUUUGUUUAGUAUAGUAUCAUCCAUUUGAAACAUAGUAAAGCAAAACAAAGUGAUUGAAAUUCUUCACCAUAUUAAUAUUUAUACUAUAGAAAACCAGUAUAUAAAUGUAGGUCAAUGUUGGUAAACCCGUACAAAAUCUACAUCGAUAAGAGGUUUAACUCUGCUAUAAGCUCAGAAUUACAUUUUAAGUAAAACAUGUUAAAAAUGAAAGUAGUUUUCAAAGAAAACUAUUAUUAGUUAUUGACAUACAAAUAAGAAUUAAAAGUAAGCAAAUUGCAAGAAAUAAAAUUUUAACGUAGCAAAGAAGUGUUCUGUACUUUUCCACAGUAUUUGUCAUCUGAAAAAAUAACAAUUUUAUCUAACAAAACAUUUACACUGAAAGGGUUACCCAGAUUUAUUUACUUAGUUUUCGGACAAUCUGGCAUUUAUUCAACUUUUGGAUAAUAAUCCUUUAGAAACUAUUAGUUAUAUCAUCUCAGGAGCUAUAAAUUCAUUUAGUGACAAAUAACAAGGCUGUUUAAGGGCAAAUUGUAUUAUUCAAAAUUGGUUCCAAACAGAAUUUUAAUUUAAAGAAAUUUUUAAUACAAAUAAUUAAUGUUUUGAAAUUCAUCAGUUACAACAGGACUUUAGGUUUUGUCAAAAUUAAUUUUUGGCAAUGAAAAAUUGAAAGGUAUGGUUGCCACGUAACAUUUUGCCACCACCAACAAGCACUGUCAGAUUUAUACACAUGCAUUUUUAUUGUGUUUCUUAAUACCAACAUUACAGAGAUCAGAGUUGAAUGUGUAAAUCUGUAGAAAUAGUAUGAUUUAUCAAUAGUUAAUUUAAAUUGUUUCAAGUUUUGAAAUCUGUGGUAGUAAUAAUAUUCCUGCUAGUUGUUGCUGCUUGUGGAUAGUGAAUGCUGCUCGCACCUUUAUACUAUUUUGUGUAAUUUUGACUGAGCUUUGUUUUCGGGUUGUGCCUUUAUUUGAAACCAAUUGCAACGGAGUCAUUGGUCUAUUCUUGUAACGAUUUUGUAUUUGUAAAUAUUUUUUUAAAACACAACGCUAUGAAAUAUUGUAUAAUAAAACAUUAAAAGUA